UACACUAUAUUGCCAAAAGUAUUGGGCCGUCCCUCCAAAUCAUUAGAUUCAGGUGUUCCAAUCCCCCCCAUGGACACAGGUGUAUACAAUCAAGCCCUAGUCAUGCAGACUGCUUCUACAAACAUUGGUGAAAGAAUGGGUCGCUCUCAGGAGCUCAGUGACUCCAAGCGUGGUCCCAUGAUAGGUGGCCACCUGGGCAAUAAGUCCAUCUGUGAUAUUUCCUGGCUACUAAAUAUUCCACGCUCAACUGUUGGUGGGAUUAUAACAAAGUGGAAGCAACUGGGAACAACAGCCACUCAGCCACCAAGUGGUAGGCCACGUCACAUGACAGGGCGGGGUCAGCGCAUGCUGAAGCGCACAGUGCGCAGAAGUCACCAACUGUCUGCAGAGUCAAUAGCUAAAGACCUCCAAACUUGGUGUGACCUUCAGAUGAGCCCAACAACAGUGCGUAGAGAGCUUCAUGGAAUGGGUUUCCAUGGCCGAGCAGCUGCAUCCAAGCCUUCCAUCACCAAGUGCAAUGCAAAGCGUCGGAUGCCGUGGUGUAAAGCACGCCGCUACGGGACUCUA